CACUUUCCGAUCAUUCGCUUGUGGUGACUGUUACAAUCACAAUCGACGAUCACUCACUUUUCAAAACCCUAAUUCAUUCCAUGUAAUGUAAACACCUACUCAAACCCUACCCUCAUUGCUUCAAAUUCACCACCACAAUGACCUCCGAUUCAUCCACCACCUCCGCCUCCCCCUCCGCCGCCACCUCCUCCGCCCCCGCCGCUUCCGGCACCAGUUUUUCUCACCGGAGCACCGUGCCGUGGUCUCAAGUCGUUCGUGGCGGCGGCGAGCAGUUGGAGCCUGUCGCUCCUCGCUCUCCGUCUGCAUCACCGCUUGUCACAGAGCAAACGCUAGGGUUUUCUGAUCAUUUGACGGUGCCGGAGCCGCAGACGGCGGCGCAUACGGUGGAGAACAAUCUAGAAGGUUCGGAAAGUAGUAAUGGUGACGGUGAGAGUAGUGUGAAGAAGUCGCCAUGGAGUAAACCCUCAGUUAACGGCGUUGUUGACGGAAGUAGUUCGCCGGUGAUGGGAGCGGCGGCGUGGCCGGCGUUAUCGGAGUUGAGUCGGCCGUUACCGAAGUCGUUGUCGUUUCAGUCGGAAUCGUCUUCUAAAACUGCAUCUGAUGGAUCAGGAUCAGCCACUGUUUCUCAGGCACCUGUAACAUCACAAGCACCACAGAAACCCGGUAAAACAAACACUAGUCAUCAUUCCAAUCAAAACCAUACGCAUCCUGGCCGACAAAGGUCAAUGAAAAGAGGUGUAGGUGCUGGUGUUGGCUACAAUCGGCUACCGCCGCCUCCACCACCAAUGCCGCCGUAUCCUCUAUAUACCACGCCGUACGGUGGUUUUGUGCCAGCAGUAUUGGAUGCUCCAGUAAGGGAGCAGGCUCCGUAUAAUGGGAGCAGUUUUGUUCCAGCAAGACCGGUGGCUGGUAUUGGGUCCCACUCGCAUCCGGGACAUGAUCAUCCUUUUAAUAGGAAGAGGAAUAACUUUGGGCCCCGUCCUCGUGGCGAUGGUGGACCUUAUGUUAACAAUGGUCCUGGCGGUAGGCGGGAUCAUAAUGAUCGUGAAUGGUUCGGUCCUCGAAGUCAUGGUGGUGUUAUACCACAUCCUGCGGUUCCACCACCUCCCCCUCCUCCUAGGGGUUAUAUGCCACAAGCUCACCUGGGUCCGGCUCCUUUUAUUGCUCCCCAGCCUAUAAGACCGUAUGGUGCCCCCAUGGUUUAUGAGAUGCCGCCACCACCACCACCAUUUGUUUAUGUGCAACCACCUAUCAUCCCUCAUGCAUCACCAUCUACGAAUAUACCAUCGUUAUCUGAUACGAUACUACGCCAGAUUGAAUAUUAUUUCAGUGAUGCUAAUUUGGUAAAAGACCAUUAUUUGAGGUCAAACAUGGAUGAAGAGGGUUGGGUGCCUCUCACUCUAAUAGCUGGAUUUCACAGAGUCAAAAGUUUGACAAGUGAUUUGCAAAUGGUUUUGAGCUCCAUAAGAGACUCAACUAUUGUUGAAGUUCAGGGUGAAACUGUAAGAAGGCGUAAUGAUUGGAGAAAAUGGAUCAAACCUUCUGUCAACAUUACACUCGAUUCCGGAUCUCAGUCACCACACGCAACAACCGAUGGCUCUAUCAUACAACCUUCGUUAGAAAAGCUUUCACUGGAUGGAUCAUCAACCACCGAAGAGAGAACUACAGAUAAAGAGUUGAGUGCUUCUAUAAAGCCAGACAAUGGGGAAGUGACCUUUGGCGAUGAGUUCACAAACCCGAAAUCUUCAACAACUUAAUUAUCAAGAUAUUUGAGUAAGCCCAGAUUUUGCAGCUUGCAGUAAAUGAUAAAGGUUGGUUGUUUGUAUAGAUCUGAUGCCUUUUAGUUGGUUUGAUUGAAUCAAGAUUUUUGAAUGGGGCAUUGUGGCUGGAGAUAAGGAUAAAAUUUGCGUUUUCUUCGCUUCCAGGAUGUUUGGAGAUUGAACGAGUGAUUUGUUCUCGUUUUUUAACGUUUUUGGUUUCUAAACUAUAAGUUCUGGGUUUUACUCAUUUUAGAUAUACCUUAGACUUGAUUUUAGUUGGUAGAAUAUUUUUAGAUGAUUUUGGAUUUUCAUUUAAGAUUUGGAGAUAUUAAUCUUAUUUUUGGUGUGUUUUAAUUUUAUUGAUUGUUUUUGUAUUAUAUGGUUUUAUUUUCUCCCUCACAACAUGACAUCACAUGUUGAUGAGCAUGUAUUUUAUACAAUGUUAGUUUCAUGCC